AUGGCGGUAUUCGGGUUCGGUCCCCUCUUUUGGUCAAGCUAUGCGGAUUGGAAGGGAAGAAGACCGUUGUACUUGAUAUCUUUAGUAGUAUAUAUCAUUGCAAAUGUUUUGAUGGCUGUUCUUCCGACGAGCUUUGGUGCUCUGGUGUUUCUGCGCAUCGUCCAAGCAUUCGGCUCAUCAGCCGUAGUGUCAAUGGGCGCCGGUACAGUCGCUGAUAUCACGGAACCCAAGCGACGUGCCCGGGCCAUGUCAUACUUCAUGUUGGGUCCUCAGUGUGGUCCUAUCUUGGGUCCGGUUCUGGGAGGAGCAAUCGUUGGCCAAGCAAGCUGGAGAUGGAUUUUCGCAUUCUUGGCAAUCCUGGCGGCUGUGCUUUGGCUCAUCAUGCUUCUAUUCCAGCCGGAGACUCUUCGAGCCCGAGUAGGCAACGGAAAGCCGUACAGUGAUAAAGGUUGGGUAUUAUGGCCGCCCAGCCCAUUCUCCUGCCUCGCCCCCGAGCCUGAGCGCGGCCCCCCUCCCCCGAAGCCUACGCUGAAAGGCUACUGGCGUCUCUUCAGCUAUCCUCCCAUCGGUAUUGUCUCUGUCAAUACCGCCAUUCUCUAUUCGUCAUAUUUUGGGAUUGCGGUACAGCUUCCGACAGCGCUGGAGAAUAUUUAUCACUGGGACUCUACCAAGGUCGGAGCUGGAUACGUUGCCGUUGGUAUUGCGAUGGUGGUGGGCUCCAUCGCUGGCGGUCGACUAUCCGACUGGCGUCGAGCUCGCAUGGUCAAGGCGCUCGGAGAAGAUCAAGUCACCCCUGAGACUAGGCUUCGAGACCAGACUGGAGGCAUCUUGCUCUGCGUCGCUGGUCUAGCAAUGUUUGGCUGGUUUCUUGAUCAGGCGAUUCAUCCGGCAGCAGUGCUGGUGUCAACAUUUCUGGUGGGAUUUGGAAUGUCUUGGAUUUUUGUCACGACUAAUGCUUUCCUGACCGAGUGUGUCCGACAGCAGGCCGCCCAGGCCUUUGCCUUAGGAAACAUGCUUCGGAGCCCUGCGGCGGCAGUUACUGCAGCGAUCAUUCAUCCACUGACCCUGCUGGCUGCCCACUCCGUCUUCUGGAUUCUGUAUCCGGAGUUUCCUAUUUUCAUUGUUGCUUACUGUCCUCGCCGUGCGCUCGCGGCCAUGGAGAAAAUCACCAAUUCGACAGUGUUCUCUGCCGCCGGAGAGAGCAGCUCCGACCUUGGAACCGAAGAUGAGAGAAGAAAAGCCCUACUCCAAUCGUUCACGCCGGAAGAGGACAAGCAAAUCCGGAGGAAGAUUGACAGAAGGUUCUUGUUUUUGAUUGGCAUGAUGUACAUUAUCAAAACUAUUGAUUAUACCAAUGCGGCCUCCGUCAAAGUGUUGCAAGUUGGAGAGGACCGCAAUGUGCUAAACGAACUUAAGAUGACAUCGGACGAAUACAAUUGGGUCCAGUCGAUUUAUUUCAUCAGCUACAUUGUCUUCGAAGUCCCGAGCAAUCUCUUACUGAAACGGCUCACGCCGCGCUUAUGGCAGUCGCGAAUCAUGUUAACUUGGGGUAUUGUCCUCGCCUGCCAUGCAGCAGCAAAGAACAAGGAAACUCUCUGGGCGCUGCGCUUUCUCCUAGGGAUGUGCGAAGCAGGCAUGUUUCCAGGGAUAGCGGCCCAGCUAUGCGGCUGGUACCGCAGCGAUGAGAUGGGCAAGCCCAUCAUGUGGAUGUUCGGCUUUCAGAACACGUCUGGAAUUGUAGGUUCGCUAUUAGCAUAUGGAAUAUCAUAUAUGAACGGGUUAUGUGGCAUGAGCGCAUGGCGAUGGGUCUAUUUAUUAGAAGGUCUAUUCACCAUCCUCUUUUCCGGAGUCAUCUAUCUUGUCCUACCGGACUGGCCUAAGUCCCCUAGGACCAGGAAGUGGCUUUCAGAGCGAGAGCAAGACUACGUCGAAGCACGACUAUCCGAGAAUGCACCCAAAACAGCAGACUCCGACUUUUCCAAAGAAGAAGUGAUCGCAUCAUUGAAGGACCCGCGAACCUAUGCCUUCAUGUUAUCCCAGGUUCUGGUUAAUUUCUCAGGAUACGCCCUAACAUGGGAGCUUCCCACGAUCACCACCAGUCUUGGAUUUGCCGGACUUCCACGCAAUCAGCUGCUAAAUAUCCCGCCAUCUGCGGCGGCAGUUCUGGCUAUUAUCUUCUCAGGCUGGUUCCUGAAACAGGCAUAUCUGACUCGCCCUGCGUACACCAUGUUUUGUAUCAUGGGGCCGAUGCUUGUGUUUUUCAUUUUGCUAACUGUCUUGGAAUCCCGCGUCGGGAUCUAUAUCUCUUGCGUCCUGGGCAAUAUGUUUUAUUCGGUAUAUUUCAUUCCGUUCUGGGCAUGGCGAACAUCCUCCCUGAAAGGCACUACCGGUGCCGCAUUCACGUUGGCUUUCCAGUCAUGUGUCGGUCAAGUUGGUGGCGUUAUCGGACCGCAACUGUUUCAGUCCAAGUUUGCAUACAAUGGAUACAAAACACCGUUUGGAAUCUGUGCCGGUGUAAUUGGGGCAGCCUGUCUAGCGAACCUAUGGACCUGGUGGUUGACAAGGAAUGUCGAGUGGGAUGUGCGUAGAAUCCGUCGGUUAAGAAUUAAGGAGGAGAAGCAGGGCCGUAUAUAUGCCGAGGACGAUGUAAAGGUUUACCAGGAGCGGCAGUUCUACAAAGGUGUUGCAAAGAAGGGAUCAGAGACGAAUGCGGCUGAGGCAGUAUAA